AUGGAGGGAGGAGACCCAAGCAGCGGCUCGGCGAGCUUUGUGAAGCGGCGCAAGCCCAAGGGCGUUGCCACUCGCGUCUCGUCCGCGUACGACGAGGCUGACGAUGCAUCGCCGGCAGCCGGUCCUUCAGUACCCGCCACAGCAUCCGGUGCAUCGGGGUCUUCGACGCCGCGGCGGAUGCUGUCGCGUGGGGGCUCGGACGAAGAGCAGGAGCCAGAUGCGGGCGGGGUGGUCUUUCGUGCACGAGCGAGGGGUGCCCGCGCAACGCCCACUGCCGGAAGCACAGCCAAACCCGUGGCGCGCGGAGUAGGCAAUGGCGAGACGGCAGAGGAUGAGAACGACGACGAUGAUGGCCCAGCACUCGCACCACGACGAUCCAAGGUCGAUGGAGUGCGUAAGCCCGCUCGGAUGGCUGGAGUCGGCGUGUCCGCGCUCUCGUCCAGCUCGGCGAGCACGCCCAAGAGAUCGACUCCACUGCGUCCGACGGCGUUCAAGGACAUGCCUACACACGAGCAGGCGGAAGGAUCCACGUCCACUCUGGCAUCGUCGCUGUAUACGUCGAAACACCUCCAGGAGCUGCGCACUUCCACGCCGACCGCGCGAUCGCGCGCCCACAGCCCCGUACCCGCUCCACCAGGGCCCGCCACAUUCAUGGACGACCCCAUGGCCGCGUCAUCCUCGCGGCACGGCCUUACAGCUGGCGAUGACGACUCGCUCGCACGCACCAAGUACGCAGCCGACUUUGAGCACGAUGCGAUUCCGAGCGAGAGCGUGAUCCGCGCCGCCAAGGAGAAGCGCGCCAAGCUGCGUGCAGCCGGCGCCUCGUCUGGCGUUUCCGACGACUUUAUUUCUCUCGCGCCCUUCUCGCGCUCUUCCGCCGUGCAAGCGUACGAUGCGAUGGAGGCGGACGACGGCCCACAUCCGCACUCGCGUCUGCAGCGCGAGGAGGACGAACUGGGCGAUGGCGAAGACGAGUUUGCCGAGUACACGGGGGCGGCCGAGCGCAUCCCGAUCGGCGCCAAGGCGCAAGAGGAGCUGCAACAGCGCGAGCGCCGGCAGAUGGAGGCGGCGGUGCGCGGCGACUUUGACGACGACGCCCCGGGCGGGGUGGCAGACGAGAUGGACGAGGACGAGGAGGAGUGGGAGCGCGCACAGCUGCGGCGUACGCAGCCGAGUGCGGCUGCAGCGUCGCGCGAGGCUUCGCCCUUCCGCGCCGCACCGAUCCCAGACCCCGCGCCCGUGCCGUCGGUGGGGACAUGCUCGGCGAGGCUGACGCUGACGCUGCGCGCGCUCGACCAGAGCAGAGGUGCGGCCGACGCGGUGUUCGCAUCCUCACUCCUCGAGCUCAACGGGCUCGACAGGGCCGAGAAGCAGAACAAGCUGGACGUGACCGCGGUCGAGGACAAGGCGAGCUGGUUCGACGAGCUCGACGGGUUCGUCGCGAGCCUGGCGCGGUUUGUGGGCGAGAAGAAGGCCAGGGUGGACGAGAUCGAGAGUGAUGCGGUGGCAUUGAUCGCGCGCAGAACCGCGAUGCUCAACCGAGCAAGGUCGGCGUGGAUGGAGGCUCGAUGGGAAGAGGCAUUUGGCUCGCGCCCUAGCAAAUCCCUCAUCCCCAGCAACAACAACGACAACGACGACGAAGAGCGCGACACCAUCCUGCCUGACCUUCUCGGUGGCAAUGCAGCACCGGGCUUCCUGAAGCUCGACGAGCUGGCUGCGGCCGAUCAGCUUUCUCUGGACCUUGCACAGCGCGAAAUCAUCGAGCGUCUCAAUGCGACGUUCUCGGACGUCCAGGCACCGGAGUACCUCGAUCCGCUCGCGCCCGUCGAUGCCGGCAUCUCCGACCCCGACACCUCCUCCGGGCUGCCAUUUCUGCGCGGUACUCGGGCGGACUGGAUGGCGCUACACCCGCGCAGUGUAGUGGUGCGCUUCGAGGAGUGGCGGCGACGCUACCCUGACGAGUACGAGCAGGUGUGGGGUGGUCUGUCGGUGGGUCAGAUCUGGGAGUUCUAUGCGCGCCUCGAGAUGGUUGCAUGGGACGCCUUCCGCACCGGGGAGCACAGCGGAUGGACGGGAGGCGUCGGGUCGCUGGUGGACUUUCGCUGGUUCACCGGUGCGGCCGAGUACACGGAGCGAGGCAUGCGCCACCCCGACGCGCCGCUCGGUGGCGACCACGAGGUGCUUACUUCGAUCACGGCCAACGUGCUGGUCCCGAAGCUGAUCGCGGCGUUCAAGGCUGGUGGCCUGUCAGUGUGGUCGGAGGGGGAGGUGGAGCAGCUGGUGGGCGUGCUGGAUAUCGUGCGCACCGUGUUGGACGAAUGGCACGCGCGGUAUAUAAGCUUGGUCGAGGCGGUGCUGGACGUGUUUGGGAGCCAGAUCCAGCGGCUACAGGACUCGGUGGGGGAGAUACACGGUCUGACGGGCAACGCUAUGGCGGCUGCACAGGUGCUGAAAGAGAUGCUGGGGCUCGUGCGUAAUACGGUCGCGCUCGCGCGUGUCAUCAAGCCCUCGAGCGCCACCGACUCACCCACGGCUCGGGUCGGCAACCGACUGGUACUUCUCGUCGAACAGCUUUCGCUUGUUGUGGUGCAUCCGAUCAUUGGGCGUCUGCACGAGUCGCCGGCCACACAGCAACUGGCGAUAGCCAUGCGCCAAGCCCUCAUCCUCGAGAUUCCGCCCACCAUCACAGCCCACAAUCUCGUCCUCAAGGCCUUCACAGCCUUGGCAUACUGA